AUGUCUUACUACCCCCACAACAGCUCCUGCUCAACACAGCUAUCCUCCUCCUCCCAUGUCUGCUCCUCCUACCCAGACGAAGUUCUCUUACCCAUCUCCUCCGACCACUCAGCAGCAAGGAAGACACUAUCCUCCUCCUCCUCAGUCCGCCGGCUCGUCUGCCACGCCACCGCCCAAAUCAUCCACUCCUUCAUACCCCUUUCCUCCUCAGCAGCAGCAACAGCAGCAGCAAUAUCAACAGCCACCACAACAACAGUUUCACCACCACCGGCGGCCCAACAAUAUGCCGCGCCGCCGACUCAACAACAACAACAGCAGCAAUAUGGGCCACCACCAACCCAGCAGCAACAGGUUCAACAACCGCAGCCUCAAUACGCAGCUCCUCCAGUCCAGCAGCAACAUCCUCAAGCGGCCCUCCCUCUUCACAUGAGGACCGACUCGAGCGCCUCUCGAACCUCCGCUCACACCCCUCCUCCUCAGCAACAGUAUGCCGCUCCUCCACAAUAUCCUCAACAAGGCGAGCAGCAGCCCCAGGCUCAGCAGCAGGUUCAGCAGCAGGUUCAGCAACAGAAGCAGCAGCCAGCAUCCCAACAGCCAGUUGGUUUGGGGUUGAGCACUGCGGCAGCGGCUGCCAUUACUGGUGCGCCUGCCCCUGGACAGUUUUCGGGUGUUGGUGCGGUGUCAGAUGACGUGGGAACGUUCAAUGGUGGUAGUUAUCGCAUCAGUCAUCGAGAUUGCAACACCAUCUUGACUGUUCAGUUGGCGGUUGGGUGCCCGUUGGAUGCUAAGCCUGGCACAAUGAUCGCCAUGUCCCCCUCCGUCUCCCUCAAGGGCGCCUACAAAUUCAGCAUGAAGAAGCUCGUUGCCGGUGGUGAGAUGGGCACCUCGACAUUUACUGGUCCUGGCGAGCUGCUUUUGGGCCCCGCCAUGCUGGGCGAUAUAACGAGUCUCCGCUUGGACGGCUCACAGACCUGGUCCGUCAGCCACGACGGAUACUUGGCUUCGACGCAGCACGUUAUCAAGGACUACAAGCGCCAGGGACUCGGCAAGGCCAUGUUCUCUGGUGAGGGACUGUGGGUGUAUAAGAUCAGUGGCACUGGAUUGUUGUGGUUGACUAGUUUUGGUGCUAUUAUUCGUAAGGACCUGACGGACGGCGAGAAGUACAUCGUUGAUAACGGUCACUUGGUUGCUUGGAACACCAAGUAUAUCCUGGAACGUGUUGCUUCCGGCGGUAUGCUCUCUGGCUUCGCUUCUGGUGAAGGAUUGGUGUGCAAGUUCACUGGUCCUGGAACGGUGUUCAUCCAGACGAGGAAUGCGACUGCCUUCAGUGCGUUCAUGAGCGGCCAGACAGUGAAGGCUUAA